ACUUGAUCUUCCCGGUAUUGUCACGCUGCAGACACACUAUUGACUCCAUAAAUAAACUAGUUUGGUUCAUACAGUUUUAAUACCUUGCUCAGAAAUCUAAAUUUGAGCGGCAACAACGAGGUUUGGUCGGUUCCGGUGUGAUUUAACGCUAAUAUCUGUUGUUUUUGUAACAUUGUGCUGAAUCAAUGGCAGACGUAGAGAUGCCAGUGAUGGCACACAGAAGUAGAGUUUUUCUUGAACUGAGGAAAAGGCUGCAGACUGGACUUCUGAUUGUCAGGAGAGAUGCCGCCAACAGUCCUCCAGACGUGGUCGUUUCAGGUGGAGAUUCCACUCUUCACAUCCGUACGUCUAACGGCGAGCUGAGUGUGGCGUUACCAGCAGGAGUCAUGUUUGAGCAGGGAUCGUCCAUGCUGACGUCUGCAGGAGAAUUCGGUGCAGAAGAGCUACAUUUCAGGCUGCGUAUCAGUACAACGCAGCGCACAGAUGAAGAGGCGUCUGACAGCGUGAUGGAGACACUGCGGGCCAAACAGACUUAUUGCUUCCACUGCCGGGGCUGCAUGACCAGGCUGCUGGAGGACAGGUCGUUUAAGCGAGUUCUCCCUCUGCCUAAUGGAAACUGGAACGCCAUCGUGGACGACUGGUGUUGCCACCCAGAUCCCUUCCCUAGUAAGAAGUUGUUGCCUCGAGCAGACGAUUGUUUACUGGGUGACACGUUCCUGCUUUUAGCCCGCGAUGGAAGCUGUGAACACACACUCACUGAAGAAAUGAGCGCUGUCGGUGCACAAGACAAUCAGGAUCCGAAGAAAUCCUGCCACAGACUCGCUGUCAUCUCCUGCAAAAGCUGCUCGUUCCAGGUCGGUGAAGCCGUGGCACCGGGGACCCUGAAGUUGUACAUCACACAGGUGGUCGUGGAGCCAAGUGUCGGGGACAGAAGGCCAGAGGUUUCAAUGAACAGAUCUCUGUUCGUGGAGAGGAUUGUCGCAGCCAGAAUGCUGGAGCUGUCCAACUCCCAGAGCACCUUCCGUUUUUCUGUCCAGACUCCUGAUGGAAAAGCCGUUUUAUUGUUGUGGCUGCUGAACAGCGACUCCCUCGUCGCAUCCAUCUCUCAGACUCACGCGGAGGGCGAGAGGUCGACGAGCUCCUCUGAUCCUCACAGUCCAUCACCCAGAGCAUCACCAGCCCUGAAACUCCUCUACAUCUGCUGCUCCGACGCUGACUCCCAGCAGAGAGACAUCAUAACGAGUUGGGAGGUCAGCGCCGUCGGACAUCCUGUGGUGCUGCCGCUGAAGGUGUGUGAGGAGCUGCUGCAAGUGGUGUGUGACAGCAACGCUACACUUCCUGCGUCCAUGCGUUGCAUGAGGUCCUAUCAGGUGGCGUAUCUCCGCCUGUGAACCCGGAGGCAGACGUCUUCAGAACCCAGACGGCCGACGGCGGAACACGGGAGAACAUUUACAGUACGUUAAAGGCGACGUCACUCAGACCCACUUCCAGUAAACUGACUGUUGCCAAAGUGCGGUUUCAGGUUGACUUCUCACCUGCAGACUCAUGUUGCAGCAGCAGGUCUGGGGCCUAGCUGCGAAAUUCCACCUUAACCUCCUGAGACCCAGGAAAUGUCAGCAAAGUACCAGCUUUUUUUGUUUUUUAUUAAAUAAGUGCCUCUAUUGGAAACAUCAUGAUGCAACAGUUUUUUCAGAUGCAGUUU